AUGUCCAGUUUUGUAGUAGAGAUGGAACUAAGAAAGAGAACCAUUGACUAUAACCCCAAAAGAACCAGAUUUCGCAAACAACAUAGAGGAAGAAUGAAAGGAAAAUCCUGCCGAGGCAAUCGUAUUUGUUUUGGUAGAUAUGCUCUUCAAGCACUUGAACCCGCUUGGAUCACGGCGAGACAGAUAGAUGCAGGACGAAGAGCAAUAACACGAUAUGCAUGUCGUGGUGGAAAAAUAUGGGUACGUAUAUUUCCCGACAAACCGGUUACACUAAGACCCAUGGAAACACGUAUGGGCUCGGGAAAGGGGUCCCCCGAAUAUUGGGUAUCCGUUGUUAAACCUGGUCGUAUACUUUAUGAAAUGGGGGGAUUAUCUGAAACUGUAGCUAGAGCAGCUAUCUCCAUAGCUGCCAGUAAUAAUAGUGGAGCUCGAAAAUUGAUGUGUAUUCGAGUCAUAGGAGCUGCUGGUAAUCAGCGAUAUGCUCGUAUUGGUGAUGUUAUUGUUGCUGUAAUCAAAGACGCAUUGCCCCAAAUGCCUCUAGAAAGAUCCAAAGUAAUUCGAGCUGUAAUUGUACGUACAUGUAAAGAGUUCAAAUGCGAAGACGGUAUAAUAAUCCGCUAUGAUGACAAUGCUGCGGUUAUAAUUGAUCAAAAAGGCAAUCCAAAAGGAACUCAAGUUUUUGGCGCGAUUGCCGAGGAAUUGAGAGAAUUGAAUUUUACAAAAUAG